AUGUCGCCCAUUAACGGAUGGGACACAGCUAACUUGAAGCAGAAGAAGCAGUGGCAAAGGGACCUCGCCCACUUGCUUCACAACUUGAAGGACACGAAAGCGGUGGUUCUUUGCGGAUACCUCAACUGGUACGUCGAAGGGAUUUUUAGCCACAUCUUCAACAGUGCCCCUGAGGACAUCGACCUGUCGGACUCGGAAAAACUCAAAAUGGAGAGUUCACCUGUUUUGCACAACUCGGGCCAUACGGGUUUCCCGGGAUGCAGGCCGGCAGACCGCGAGGGCUACAAGUGGAUACUGCUGGCAGGGCGUCUCGUCGACAGCUUCCGUAGGUUGCACCCAUACAAAGGCAAGGACAAGAAUCCUAAUAACAAGAAAUACACGUCACUGGUCUACCUCGGCGACAAGACACGAUGCGCCGUCAGGACCAAUCUGACACUCGUCUCAAACUACUUUAUGAAGAACGUGAGCCAGUGCGAAAUCAUUGGCAACACCAACGACCUCGUUAGUGCACGAAACCGCUAA